AUGGGUUACUGUGCUCAUAAUAGUAGUGGUAGUAGUAGUAGCAGCAGCAGUAGUUGUAGCAGCAGCACAAGUAGCAGAAGUAGCAACCAUGAUAACAACAAUAAUAUCCAUACCAACAACAAUGACAGUACACCACUUCUCUUGAACAAAACUUUUAAAAAUUAUUCAACAGUAACAGAUGAUACAAAUCAUAGGGAAGAACAAGUGAGUUGUAUAGAAAAAUAUAUAGACUUAUUUUCAACUUCCUUAUACUUGGAAAAUACAUUGGCUGUGGCUAGAGAUCAUUUAGCAAAUGAGAGAACCUUUUUAGCUUGGGUGCGGACCAGUUUAUCGACCAUUUCAGCAGGAGUUGCCGUGACCCAACUAUUUCGUUUAGACAAGGAAAAUAACUCUGGCCGAUUUUUGGGAAUGGCCUUUGUCGUGAUUGGAAUACUCUAUAUGAUGUUUGCAUGCCUAAGAUACUUUCAUACUCAAACAUCCAUGACAAAGGGCUACUUUCCUGCUAGUCGAAGCAUCAUUCUCAUAACGAGUACUGUUACCCUAUCUGCACUCAUUGCUGUAUUCUUCAUUAUUAUUUCAAGGUUUUAA